UUUGCCAAGCAAGUUCAGUUCUUCAGUUCCCCAACAUUUGAUUCAACCCUCCGCUCCUUCGUCACUCCGCAACAUCCACGCCCACUCGUCUCCCAACUGGACCGAUCCACCGAUAGUAACAUAAUACACUUUACUCUCAGUGAGCUCGUCGUUCGGCCCUCAAGGGCGAAAUCGCCCGGCAUCAUGGACUCAUAUCCUCUCGAAGAGACGACGCCGCAAGACGCACUCGACCCGCUUUCGCAACUGGAACCCUCGCCCAUCGAAUCCCCCGUGCUGCUGCCUUCAGUCGAUAACCUGGCAGACGAGAACCUACAGGACCUGCACGACCUGCCAGAGGACUCGACCACUACCCCGUUAGACCAGAGCACGGCUUCGGUUUCGUCCACCACCGUAUCUUCUCCCACCUCGACUCUCGGUCUAAGUGGUACUAGCCAUGGCGCCAUCUACUACCUAACCCGCAUCCAGCGCUACUCCUCCUACCUCAUCCCCGUCUUCACCUCCAUCCACCUAACCACCACCUCCCUGAUCCCCCUCCUCUCCCGCUCCGUCCCAGCCUCGGAAUCCUACCUCCUGCAGGCGCGCGAGAUAUACCAGACCCCGCUCUCCGAACCGCACCUCGUCGUCCUCCCCAUCGCGGCCCACGUCGCCUCGGGCCUCGCCAUCCGCCUGAUCCGCCGCGCCCGCAACCUGCGGAGAUACUACGGCGUCCCCCCCACGGCGCGCAAGCCCGUCCCCUCGGGCCCCCGCAUCUGGCCCCCCGUCAGCGGCAUCGCCGUCUCGGGCUACGUCUUCACCGCCGCCCUCGCCGCCCACGCCGCCGUGAACCGCGUCCUGCCGCUGCUCGUCGAGGGCCACAGCGCCGACGUCGGCCUCGCCUUCGUGGGGCACGGUUUCGCCCGCCACCCGGCCCUUGCUUGGUCCGCCUACGCCGUCCUCCUCGUCGCCGGCUGCGGCCACAUGGUCUGGGGUGCCGCCAAGUGGGCCGGCAUGGCCCCCGUGGGCCUGGGCCUGCGCGGCGCUCUGGGCUACGCCCCGCCUGCCGAGUGGGUCGACGACACCACCCUGGUCCGGAGACGGAGGCGAAGGGUCUGGUGGGCUAUCCAGGGCGCAGCCGCCGCCUUUGCCGCUGUAUGGGCCGCCGGUGGGCUCGGAGUCGUGGCGAGGGGAGGUCUAGUCGAGGGCUGGGUGGGCAAGAUAUAUGACGGGCUAUAUGAUGCAGUACCCUUCCUGUAACGACUUGACGACCCCGCGACGCACGACGCACGGCCCAUGCACGUUUUUACGUAGGGAGACGGAAGGGAGACGGAAGGGCGGCGACAUCUCAAAAGAAGCCGCGCCCCUGUUCUGUUGACAUACUGCACAUCUCAGGCAUUGAAUUAGCAUAUAUACCCGGCUGCAUUAGGAAUCGCAACAACGAUUUCAUCUUCUAUUCCGACCUUUGUCUAGACGGACGAAGAAACCGAGACCAUCUACUUUGACCUGUUUCUGGGAACAAAUGACCGC